AUGGUAUUUGCUUGUAUUUCAAAUUCUCCAAAGAAUUGUGUAAACAGUGGUCAUUUAACCGCAGGUCAAGAGAACGUGGCAUUUUGGAAGAUGGUAAAUGGAAGCCCGUCAACAGAUUCAUACAAUGGUUCGUUAGUGGUUGAUGGUGUCAGUAGUUUUCCAUUCUGUUAUGUUUCCCAAACUUCGGGCUACCAAUGGAUUCAAAUCGACCUCAUAUGGCUCUACAGGGUGGAUACCGUUCGUGUUCUUGGAAAACUUGAAAGGAAUGUUCUGAUGGUCAAUUUGAAGGAAUCCUAUUACAAAACGAACGUCUCAUGCAGCAAUCUGACCAGUCAAGUGACCAGCGUCAGCGUUACAUUCCAGUGUCCGAAUGCUACAGAACAUGCGACUAGGUACAUCAGCAUUGACCAGAGCAACUCAUCUGACGUCAACAUGACAAUCUGUGAGGCGGUCGUUGAAGGCCACUAUGCCGAAGUUUUAGCCAAAAGGACAAACCUACUGCUCUUCAAAAAUGCUACAAUGAGUUCUUCUUACUUCGGAUACAACCUCAUCACGAAAUCAAAUUACUCUCUGAAGGCUGAUUACCUUGUUGAUGGGAACAGAGAUCCCAACAUUUACCACGGCCACUGCGCGCACUCCAAUGAGCAAGGUUUCGCGCAGAACUGGAUGCAAGUAGACAUGCAGGAUGACCGCUACAUCGAUUACGUUGCACUUAUCAGUAGGGAUACCUUUACUGCUUCAGUUUCAUCGCGCACGUCCAAUUUCAUCAUCGGUUUGACCGAUAUUAGUGCACUUGAUGCCAUUCCAGUAAGAGGCAGAUACCCCUUGUGUAACAGAUACCCAGGCAAUGUUCCUAUCGCUUCCAGGGUCACCCUCCAAUGCAACGCCAACCUCCCAGCCUAUCGUUACGUCAUUCUUCAACAGGCCAUUGGAGCUGGCAAUGGAUAUUUUGCUGUUUGUGAGUUGGAGGCUUAUGAGCCACAGGAAGAAAUGGUUCUGCCUCAUAAACAAAGAAUAUGGACUCUGGCAAAAAGCCUGAAAUUGUUAAAUAACACAUUCAUGGAAUUUUCAGCUGUCAAGCCGGCUUUUUGUGUCGGUCAGUGCAUUCAGCUUGGGGAAUUUGGAUGUGACUCAUUCAAUUUCAACUACCAGCUGAAGAUCUGUCAACUGAACAGCCACAGGAAUGGAUUCCCACUUGUGAAUUUGGUCUCCAGCCGGACUUGGACGUUCUGGAAUGCUACCUACCAUUACGUUGGGAAUCUUUGA